UGCUCUUUGCCGUAGCUGUCUCUCUACCUGUGGAUUCUCUUAAUGAGAAAUAAGGAUAAGAUACUAGUUUCUCUCUUGGAUGGAUGAAAAGUUUUCUUAAGAAGAGAGACAAAAACGAAGAAAGAAACUACAACCAGAAGAGAAAAAAACCUGCAAUUCUUUUCAACGUUCAGUAUGUUUUUAUCAAAGCAAGAGGAUCAGCUUGCCCAGGAGCUGAGCUGUCCUAUCUGUCUUCAGCUCUACAACGAUCCAGUUGUUCUACCGUGUGGGCACAACUUUUGUCUAGCUUGCAUCUCCAAGUCUGCUGACUCCACAGACAACAGCAAAGAACCUCUACGCUGCCCAGAGUGCCGCGAGCCCCAUGACGGCGUCGAUACCCUGCAGAAAAAUGUCAAACUUUCCAACAUUGUCGAGAGUUUCCAAGCCUCUUCCCAAAACAUUUAUGAAGAGAUCCUGGAUGUGAUCAAACCAGCGAACCGAGAGGCGGACAAUGUAAUUGUCUGUGACCAAUGCAUAGAUGACAAGACUCCAGCGGUGAAGACCUGUCUGAAGUGUGAGGUGUCGCUGUGCUUCAGGCAUCUCCAGAAGCACAACGAGAGGGAGUCCUUCAAGACUCACUCUCUGGUGGAACCUCUGAAGGAUGUGGGGAGCAGGGCCUGCCCUGACCAUAACCUUCCACUUGAGUACUUUUGUUCUAAUGACAUGAAGUCUCUGUGCUUCACAUGUUUGGAAGGCCAUAAUGAGACCCAUGACGUCCUCACCGUCAGUGUGGCAGAGGAGGAGAUGAGACAAGCCUUGGAGAGCCGUAGCAAGGUGGUCUCCAGCCGACUGCAACUGACAGAGUGCCUCCUUCAGAAGACACAAGAGGACCAGGGAGUCUCUGAGGCUGUUGGAGAUAAAAUAGUCAACAAGGCAGUCUCACUUAUGGAUAGUAUGGCUGGAAUAGUGGACAGGUUCAGGGAGCGACUGCGUUUGGUUUUGGAGGAGGAGAGAGGGAAGCGGCGUAAAAGCUGGCAGCUUGGAGUGAGUGCAUUGGAGGAGCAGCAGCAGCUGCUGCAGGAGGCCCAGAAGAAUGCAUCCGAGGUGCUCAGUGAGACAGACACAUGCACCUUCAUAAACAGAUUCACAAUGAUUGAACAGAAAAUGAGAGAUGCUACCACAGGCAGCCUACCCAGCACGAUUCCCUCAAAGGUCGACCUGAGUAUCAACUGUCUCCAGUCAGACCUCAAAACCAUCGACUUCCGCACAGAAAUGGUUCGUCUCCUUGACACCCUUCACAUCCUGCUCAACCCUCUGGAGGUCUCCUUCAACGUCUGCACUGCCCACCCUAGCUUGUUGGUGUCCAACGACCUGCACACAGUCAGAUGCACCAGCUCCAAGCAGUCCUACGUAGAGCACCCGGAGCGCUUCCUGAGUGCACCUCAGAUCCUGUGCAGCCAAGGUUUUUCCACAGGCACGCAUAUCUGGGUGGCAGAAAUGGGCAGCAACUGCAUGUGGUCCCUUGGCGCAUGCUACAAGAGCAUCCCUCGCCGUGGAGACCACAGCCGCCUUGGGAACAACUUGGUGUCCUGGAGACUACAGUGGAAAAACGGCAAGCUAACUGCGUGCUCUUCAUCUAACAAUGCUGCACUGGGGGAGACCUUCCAACAUCCAUCUAAGAUUGAGGUUGUGCUUGACUGUGACGGUGGAACCCUGUCCUUCCACACUAUCCAACCACAAAGAGAACACCUUUACACCUUUAAGACUGCGUUUAAGGAGCCAGUUUACCCAGCUUUUAGUAUCCAUUCAAAUACAUCAGAGUCUUGGAUCACUCUACAAAGUCAGAUGUGACACCAACAUUUAGUCUGUUACUUUUCCUGUGCAUAGACAUGUUUGGGGUGUUCCUGUUUUUAGAUCUUUAUUCACACUUUUGUUCUUACCAAGUUUGUUUAAAUGUUGACAUGUAAGUACCUAAAGUAGUCCAGGUUUUCUCCCAGAAACAACCACAACUAAGUGUCAGAAACUGGAAGUUCAUGUUCUACUUUUUCAUGAAAACACUAACCAUGGCCUGCCUAAAAACUGUGGUUUCAUAUUCUUACUGUUCACCAUCACAGAUAAUGUACUGCCAUGGUUUUAGAUUUAUAUGUGGAAGACACCCAACUGAAUCUCAAAGACCUUUCACCAUGCGACCCCAACAAUCAUUUAUCAGAUGUCUGAAUAAAAUUAAAACAUGUCAAAACAUGUUGUUCACCCUAAAGACCUACUGCUACCUGCUGAGGUCCUACUAAUAGACAUGGAUGGUUGAACCAUCUCACCACCCAACAAUGUUUGCAACCUAAAUGUCAAUAUGUACGUUCCAUUGAACAAAUAACUGCACAAUCUGACAUUUCAAAAAUAAAUUCACUUAAUGGAAACAUGAAAAUUUUGAAAAAAAAAAAAUGAUGAAAUGUUUUGGCACUACGAUGAGGUGUUUUUUUGGGAAUAUCAAAAUGAGUUCAUUUCACAAAACUGCAAAACACUUUUUUGCAUCAUCACACGAGUCAUGUAACCAACAACCGGGAUGUUUCCAUUGACAAAAACCACAAAGAAAACAACAAGAAGUAGUUGGUGGUUUAAUGACUUAUUGUGUGAACAAAUUUAUUCACUUGAUUUUAAUUGUGUUUCUUAUUUAAUGGAAACACAGGAAUUGUAAAAUAGCAUUACUUCGACAUUAGCAGAAUAUUGACAAAGUUUUGCACAUAUUUGUAAUGGAAAAGCCAUACUUUAUCCAGUUUAACAUCCAAUUAUUCCCAAAGGUCUUUUUUUCUCAUCUGCACAUCAACAUUACUCUACAGUCAGCUAACAAUAACUGACUGUAACAGAGAGGUUGAUCUUUGUCUUUGUUGCGGCCUGGCUGGAUUACUGCAGUCUCUGUUGGAGAUUUCCAACAGAAUCCUGGACCAGAUCCAGCGGGUCCAAAGCUCAGCCGCUAGUCAACUAACACACACUAAGCCUUACCAACAUAACACCCCCUGCCUCCCAAAUCUCCACCGGCUGCCUGCCAAAUACCACAUCACUUACAAGAUCUUCUCACCUGCAAAUCCCUCAGUGUCCUCGGCCGUGGGCACCUGUCAGACCUUGGUGUCAAGGGUCUAUUUUUUGUCGCUUGCACCAGCCUCUCUCCCAUCUGAGUUACAAGAUGCUCUUCAAAAUGUUGUUUGACUUUACUCCUUGAGUUUAAUUAUGCACUCUAUGCAAAACAUCCCUGAGUUUCUUGAAGGACACUAUGUAGAUCUUAGGUAUCAUUGUUCUUAUUACUAUACAGUUUAUAUAAAGUAGCAUGACUAAACUGUCAUUAUUUAGCAUUUUAUUUAAUCAUACAAAACGAUUUGUGAUUGGUUUACAAAAGCAGUCAUGAUUAUGAUGUUUUUGUGGAGUAGCUACAUGCAGUAUGACACAGGUGUUUUGUACUUCUUAUGUUAUUUUUUAACAUCUACCAGGUUUCCUGAAUGUGAUGUAGUUGCUUUAAGUUAAGUGCGUUUCCCCUUUGAUUUUAUUUUUUAUUUUGCAUUCAGUGAACAGGAGAUCGCUGCCAUUUAGCAUGAGACAUGUUUUCUGUUUAGGGUACAAAUAAAUUAUUUGACACACAAAGUUUGUAAUGGUUGUGUCUGUCACUGUCUUUGUCACUGUUGUGUAGAAUGUAUUGUCACAUUCUGAGCCAGCCUGAGGUAUAAUUAAUUAAACUUUGCGUGUGUUGAUCCCAUGGCGAGUUUGAGGCCAAAAGAACCACAAUUAGAAUUUACAGCUGGUUUCCUAUUUGAAUCCAUUGCUAUCUUUACUUGAGUUUUACAUGUUUUACAGAUUCAAGAACCAACAUAUGAGUAAACUCAAAUAUACCACCAUCCUAAUUGGUUGCAGGACAGCCUUCAAAUAUCUGUCUUAGUCCUUAUGCAACCUUGUGCUGGCCCUUGUGACAUGUAUCUUUUGCAUAAUUGAAU